GGUAGAGGGGGGGAAGGAUGGGAGGGGCAUGGAAGGGAAGGGAAGGGAGGGAAGGGGGGGAAGGGGGGGGGGGGGGGAAAGGGGAAAGGGGGUCUAGCCUGCGAGCAAGGUCUCUUGCUGCCGGGAUUGGGGGAGGGUUGGGUGGGGUGGGGCAGUGAGAGACCUUGCUCGCAGGCUAGACCCGGGGAGGGUUUUGCUGCUCAGAGCAAUCUUUUUUUCGUCUUGCGUUUUUGAGGUUCUUGACAAAAAUAAGUAUACUUAGAGAGGGUCGUGUUCACGUAAGAAAAGAACGGAAAAUGACGUGGGUGAAGAACGAGCAAAAUUGAUGAUUACACUUGUCAUUACUUGGGAUCAACUUUCCAACACUUUGAGUAUUCUCUUUUCUUUUUAAAAUGCAGUGGAUAAACAGACCAUGAAGUUUCAAACUGCACUUCGUCUGAAGUUGGAGAAUUUUAUUCAUUGGUUAUGGACCUUGGGACAUUUAGCAGACCGAUUAUAAGACUGGAUUGAAAAUAGCUUGAGCUAACCUUGCCUCCGAAAGAUACACGAUCUGAUGGAAUUUCUAAACGUCAAUGAACAAUUUUGUUUUUUUCAUCUUGUCAAGACUCUUGGGUCAAGUUCGAAACUGAUGGAGAUCUCCUGGAAACGUCGCCUUAGUAGUCCUGGGACUGUUUUGAUGUCUCAAGUUAGAGGAUUGUAAGUAAUAUGUUUCAUUGUCGUAUGUUUCAUUUACAGUGCUGCUUGCAGAUAUCCUAUUGCAGUUAGGCUACCGGAUCGACUAGGCUAGUUGCCCAGUUAGAGAAGAAGGCUUUUCUUGUUUUCGAAGGGUCACAUUCCUGGCUUCAAAUCUAUUAAAACCUUGGCGUUUUCCAUUAACAAGAUCAAAAUCUAUUUGUUGCAGAAAACUCUUGUGAGUUUAACAUGCACAUUCUCCAUACUCAUUUCUUUACCGUUCAUUUGGUAAUAAGGAGGAGAAUUUGAUUAGAAAUCACAAUGUUUUUUCCCGCUGCUGAGCAGUUUUCCUCUAUUUUCAGCCUUUUAUGAUUGAUACUGAUCACUAACAAAUAGGAUAUAUAGGGGGAAAGUAAAUCGUCACGGAUCACUAUUAGGCGUAAAGGUACCUAAUCGAAAGAGCCAACUGUUUCUUGUGAUCACAACUGAAAACAAACGCAGCGACAGACAUUUCAAAUAUUUCAUUAUUGUACAAAACUUCCAGCAAAAAGGUAGAGGCGUUAGUGUUUUUUUUAAUGCACGUAAAGAUCUUUCCCAAAGCCGAGAAGGCUACAGUUUCCAUUACGUUUGGCGAACUUUGGUUUGUUUUGGUUCUUGGACCUCUGGACCUCUGGACCUCUGGGCCAAAGGUUCAUGACAUCAUUAUUUUCAAGAGCCAAUGAGGGGCGAGAAUUUGAUUUGCACAUGAAUAACAUACUAAAAACCAUUGAAUUUUUAACCGAGCCGGGAUAGCGCAAUUGGCAUAGAACUGAAUAGGUAACUAAUUGGCAAACAAAGAGGUGACAAAGAGGUGACGGGUUCGAGUCCCGCCUGAUUAGCAUAAAAAAAAAAAAAAAAAAAAAAGGCGCGGCUUGGAUCUGGGAGGGCUUGGGGCGAGGAAAGGGAGGAAAAAAGGCCUUGGGAAGGGUAUGGGAAGCGGGAGUUGGUACACCACCGGCCGGGGGCGGGCUGGGGGGGUAGGUAGAUAGGUAGAUAGGUAGAUAGGUAGAUAGUUAGAUAGUUAGAUAGGUAGAUAGUUAGAUAGGUAGAUAGGUAGAGGGGUAGGUAGAGGGGGUAGAUAGAUAGGUAGAUAGGUAGAGGGGGGAAGGAUGGGAGGGGGCAUGGAAGGAAGGGAAGGGAAGGGAAGGGGGGGAAAGGGGAAAGGGGGGAAAGGGGGGAAGGGGGGUCUAGCCUGCGAGCAAGGUCUCUUGCUGCCGGGAUUGGGGGGAGGGUUGGGUGGGGUGGGGCAGUGAGAGACCUUGCUCGCAGGCUAGACCCGGGGAGGGUUUUGCUGCUCAGAGCAAUCUUUUUUUCGUCUUGCGUUUUUGAGGUUCUUGACAAAAUAAGUAUACUUAGAGAGGGUCGUGUUCACGUAAGAAAAGAACGGAAAAUGACGUGGGUGAAGAACGAGCAAAAUUGAUGAUUACACUUGUCAUUACUUGGGAUCAACUUUCCAACACUUUGAGUAUUCUCUUUUCUUUUUAAAAUGCAGUGGAUAAACAGACCAUGAAGUUUCAAACUGCACUUCGUCUGAAGUUGGAGAAUUUUAUUCAUUGGUUAUGGACCUUGGGACAUUUAGCAGACCGAUUAUAAGACUGGAUUGAAAAUAGCUUGAGCUAACCUUGCCUCCGAAAGAUACACGAUCUGAUGGAAUUUCUAAACGUCAAUGAACAAUUUUUGUUUUUUCAUCUUGUCAAGACUCUUGGGUCAAGUUCGAAACUGAUGGAGAUCUCCUGGAAACGUCGCCUUAGUAGUCCUGGGACUGUUUUGAUGUCUCAAGUUAGAGGAUUGUAAGUAAUAUGUUUCAUUGUCGUAUGUUUCAUUUACAGUGCUGCUUGCAGAUAUCCUAUUGCAGUUAGGCUACCGGAUCGACUAGGCUAGUUGCCCAGUUAGAGAAGAAGGCUUUUCUUGUUUUCGAAGGGUCACAUUCCUGGCUUCAAAUCUAUUAAAACCUUGGCGUUUUCCAUUAACAAGAUCAAAAUCUAUUUGUUGCAGAAAACUCUUGUGAGUUUAACAUGCACAUUCUCCAUACUCAUUUCUUUACCGUUCAUUUGGUAAUAAGGAGGAGAAUUUGAUUAGAAAUCACAAUGUUUUUUCCCGCUGCUGAGCAGUUUUCCUCUAUUUUCAGCCUUUUAUGAUUGAUACUGAUCACUAACAAAUAGGAUAUAUAGGGGGAAAGUAAAUCGUCACGGAUCACUAUUAGGCGUAAAGGUACCUAAUCGAAAGAGCAAACUGUUUCUUGUGAUCACAACUGAAAACAAACGCAGCGACAGACAUUUCAAAUAUUUCAUUAUUGUACAAAACUUCCAGCAAAAAGGUAGAGGCGUUAGUGUUUUUUUUUUUAAUGCACGUAAAGAUCUUUCCCAAAGCCGAGAAGGCUACAAUUUCCAUUACGUUUGGCGAACUUUGGUUUGUUUUGGUUCUUGGACCUCUGGACCUCUGGACCUCUGGGCCAAAGGUUCAUGACAUCAUUAUUUUCAAGAGCCAAUGAGGGGCGAGAAUUUGAUUUGCACAUGAAUAACAUACUAAAAAACCAUUGAAUUUUUAACCGAGCCGGGAUAGCGCAAUUGGCAUAGAACUGAAUAGGUAACUAAUUGGCAAACAAAGAGGUGACAAAGAGGUGACGGGUUCGAGUCCCGCCUGAUUAGCAUAAAAAAAAAAAAAAAAAAAAAAAAAAGGCGCGGCUUGGAUCUGGGAGGGCUUGGGGCGAGGAAAGGGAGGAAAAAGGCCUUGGGAAGGGUAUGGGAAGAAGGGGAGUUGGUACACCGGCCCGGGGGCGGGGCUGGGGGGGGUAGGUAGAUAGGUAGAUAGGUAGAUAGGUAGAUAGUUAGAUAGUUAGAUAGGUAGAUAGUUAGAUAGGUAGAUAGGUAGAGGGGUAGGUAGAGGGGGGUAGAUAGAUAGGGAGAUAGGUAGAGGGGGGAAGGAUGGGAGGGGGCAGGGAAGGGAAGGGAAGGGAAGGGAAGGGAGGGGGAAAGGGGGGAAAGGGGGGAAAGGGGGAAGGGGGUCUAGCCUGCGAGCAAGGUCUCUUGCUGCCGGGAUUGGGGGAGGGUUGGGUGGGGUGGGGCAGUGAGAGACCUUGCUCGCAGGCUAGACCCGGGGAGGGUUUUGCUGCUCAGAGCAAUCUUUUUUUUUUCGUCUUGCGUUUUUGAGGUUCUUGACAAAAAAAAUAAGUAUACUUAGAGAGGGUCGUGUUCACGUAAGAAAAGAACGGAAAAUGACGUGGGUGAAGAACGAGCAAAAUUGAUGAUUACACUUGUCAUUACUUGGGAUCAACUUUCCAACACUUUGAGUAUUCUCUUUUCUUUUUAAAAUGCAGUGGAUAAACAGACCAUGAAGUUUCAAACUGCACUUCGUCUGAAGUUGGAGAAUUUUAUUCAUUGGUUAUGGACCUUGGGACAUUUAGCAGACCGAUUAUAAGACUGGAUUGAAAAUAGCUUGAGCUAACCUUGCCUCCGAAAGAUACACGAUCUGAUGGAAUUUCUAAACGUCAAUGAACAAUUUUUGUUUUGUUGAUCUUGUCAAGACUCUUGGGUCAAGUUCGAAACUGAUGGAGAUCUCCUGGAAACGUCGCCUUAGUAGUCCUGGGACUGUUUUGAUGUCUCAAGUUAGAGGAUGUAAGUAAUAUGUUUCAUUGUCGUAUGUUUCAUUUACAGUGCUGCUUGCAGAUAUCCUAUUGCAGUUAGGCUACCGGAUCGACUAGGCUAGUUGCCCAGUUAGAGAAGAAGGCUUUUCUUGUUUUCGAAGGGUCACAUUCCUGGCUUCAAAUCUAUUAAAACCUUGGCGUUUUCCAUUAACAAGAUCAAAAUCUAUUUGUUGCAGAAAACUCUUGUGAGUUUAACAUGCACAUUCUCCAUACUCAUUUCUUUACCGUUCAUUUGGUAAUAAGGAGGAGAAUUUGAUUAGAAAUCACAAUGUUUUUUCCCGCUGCUGAGCAGUUUUCCUCUAUUUUCAGCCUUUUAUGAUUGAUACUGAUCACUAACAAAUAGGAUAUAUAGGGGGAAAGUAAAUCGUCACGGAUCACUAUUAGGCGUAAAGGUACCUAAUCGAAAGAGCAAACUGUUUCUUGUGAUCACAACUGAAAACAAACGCAGCGACAGACAUUUCAAAUAUUUCAUUAUUGUACAAAACUUCCAGCAAAAAGGUAGAGGCGUUAGUGUUUUUUUUUAAUGCACGUAAAGAUCUUUCCCAAAGCCGAGAAGGCUACAAUUUCCAUUACGUUUGGCGAACUUUGGUUUGUUUUGGUUCUUGGACCUCUGGACCUCUGGACCUCUGGGCCAAAGGUUCAUGACAUCAUUAUUUUCAAGAGCCAAUGAGGGGCGAGAAUUUGAUUUGCACAUGAAUAACAUACUAAAAAACCAUUGAAUUUUUAACCGAGCCGGGAUAGCGCAAUUGGCAUAGAACUGAAUAGGUAACUAAUUGGCAAACAAAGAGGUGACAAAGAGGUGACGGGUUCGAGUCCCGCCUGAUUAGCAUAAAAAAAGAAAAAAAAGAAAAAAGGCGCGGCUUGGAUCUGGGAGGGCUUGGGGCGAGGAAAGGGAGGAAAAAAGGCCUUGGGAAGGGUAUGGGAAGGGAGUUGGUACACCGGCCCGGGGGGGGCGGGGGGGGUAGGUAGAUAGGUAGAUAGGUAGAUAGGUAGAUAGUUAGAUAGUUAGAUAGGUAGAUAGUUAGAUAGGUAGAUAGGUAGAGGGGUAGGUAGUAGGGGGUAGAUAGAUAGGUAGAUAGGUAGAGGGGGAAGGAUGGGAGGGGGCAUGGAAGGGAAGGGAAGGGAAGGGAAGGGGGGGGGGGGGGGAAAGGGGGGGGGGAAAGGGAAGGGGGUCUAGCCUGCGAGCAAGGUCUCUUGCUGCCGGGAUUGGGGGAGGGUUGGGUGGGGUGGGGCAGUGAGAGACCUUGCUCGCAGGCUAGACCCGGGGAGGGUUUUGCUGCUCAGAGCAAUCUUUUUUUUCGUCUUGCGUUUUUGAGGUUCUUGACAAAAAUAAGUAUACUUAGAGAGGGUCGUGUUCACGUAAGAAAAGAACGGAAAAUGACGUGGGUGAAGAACGAGCAAAAUUGAUGAUUACACUUGUCAUUACUUGGGAUCAACUUUCCAACACUUUGAGUAUUCUCUUUUCUUUUUAAAAUGCAGUGGAUAAACAGACCAUGAAGUUUCAAACUGCACUUCGUCUGAAGUUGGAGAAUUUUAUUCAUUGGUUAUGGACCUUGGGACAUUUAGCAGACCGAUUAUAAGACUGGAUUGAAAAUAGCUUGAGCUAACCUUGCCUCCGAAAGAUACACGAUCUGAUGGAAUUUCUAAACGUCAAUGAACAAUUUUUGUUUUGUUCAUCUUGUCAAGACUCUUGGGUCAAGUUCGAAACUGAUGGAGAUCUCCUGGAAACGUCGCCUUAGUAGUCCUGGGACUGUUUUGAUGUCUCAAGUUAGAGGAUGUAAGUAAUAUGUUUCAUUGUCGUAUGUUUCAUUUACAGUGCUGCUUGCAGAUAUCCUAUUGCAGUUAGGCUACCGGAUCGACUAGGCUAGUUGCCCAGUUAGAGAAGAAGGCUUUUCUUGUUUUCGAAGGGUCACAUUCCUGGCUUCAAAUCUAUUAAAACCUUGGCGUUUUCCAUUAACAAGAUCAAAAUCUAUUUGUUGCAGAAAACUCUUGUGAGUUUAACAUGCACAUUCUCCAUACUCAUUUCUUUACCGUUCAUUUGGUAAUAAGGAGGAGAAUUUGAUUAGAAAUCACAAUGUUUUUUCCCGCUGCUGAGCAGUUUUCCUCUAUUUUCAGCCUUUUAUGAUUGAUACUGAUCACUAACAAAUAGGAUAUAUAGGGGGAAAGUAAAUCGUCACGGAUCACUAUUAGGCGUAAAGGUACCUAAUCGAAAGAGCAAACUGUUUCUUGUGAUCACAACUGAAAACAAACGCAGCGACAGACAUUUCAAAUAUUUCAUUAUUGUACAAAACUUCCAGCAAAAAGGUAGAGGCGUUAGUGUUUUUUUUUAAUGCACGUAAAGAUCUUUCCCAAAGCCGAGAAGGCUACAAUUUCCAUUACGUUUGGCGAACUUUGGUUUGUUUUGGUUCUUGGACCUCUGGACCUCUGGACCUCUGGGCCAAAGGUUCAUGACAUCAUUAUUUUCAAGAGCCAAUGAGGGGCGAGAAUUUGAUUUGCACAUGAAUAACAUACUAAAAAACCAUUGAAUUUUUAACCGAGCCGGGAUAGCGCAAUUGGCAUAGAACUGAAUAGGUAACUAAUUGGCAAACAAAGAGGUGACAAAGAGGUGACGGGUUCGAGUCCCGCCUGAUUAGCAUAAAAAAAGAAAAAAAAAAAAAAAAAAAGGCGCGGCUUGGAUCUGGGAGGGCUUGGGGCGAGGAAAGGGAGGAAAAAGGCCUUGGGAAGGGUAUGGGAAGCGGGAGUUGGUACACCGGCCCGGGGGCGGGGGGGGGGGGUAGGUAGAUAGGUAGAUAGGUAGAUAGGUAGAUAGUUAGAUAGUUAGAUAGGUAGAUAGUUAGAUAGGUAGAUAGGUAGGGGGGGUAGGUAGAGGGGGGGUAGAUAGAUAGGUAGAUAGGUAGAGGGGGGAAGGAUGGGAGGGGCAUGGAAGGGAAGGGAAGGGAAGGGAAGGGAGGGGAAAGGGGGGGGGGGAAGGGGGGGGGGAAGGGGGGGUCUAGCCUGCGAGCAAGGUCUCUUGCUGCCGGGAUUGGGGAGGGUUGGGUGGGGUGGGGCAGUGAGAGACCUUGCUCGCAGGCUAGACCCGGGGAGGGUUUUGCUGCUCAGAGCAAUCUUUUUUCGUCUUGCGUUUUGAGGUUCUUGACAAAAAUAAGUAUACUUAGAGAGGGUCGUGUUCACGUAAGAAAAGAACGGAAAAUGACGUGGGUGAAGAACGAGCAAAAUUGAUGAUUACACUUGUCAUUACUUGGGAUCAACUUUCCAACACUUUGAGUAUUCUCUUUUCUUUUUAAAAUGCAGUGGAUAAACAGACCAUGAAGUUUCAAACUGCACUUCGUCUGAAGUUGGAGAAUUUUAUUCAUUGGUUAUGGACCUUGGGACAUUUAGCAGACCGAUUAUAAGACUGGAUUGAAAAUAGCUUGAGCUAACCUUGCCUCCGAAAGAUACACGAUCUGAUGGAAUUUCUAAACGUCAAUGAACAAUUUUGUUUUUCAUCUUGUCAAGACUCUUGGGUCAAGUUCGAAACUGAUGGAGAUCUCCUGGAAACGUCGCCUUAGUAGUCCUGGGACUGUUUUGAUGUCUCAAGUUAGAGGAUUGUAAGUAAUAUGUUUCAUUGUCGUAUGUUUCAUUUACAGUGCUGCUUGCAGAUAUCCUAUUGCAGUUAGGCUACCGGAUCGACUAGGCUAGUUGCCCAGUUAGAGAAGAAGGCUUUUCUUGUUUUCGAAGGGUCACAUUCCUGGCUUCAAAUCUAUUAAAACCUUGGCGUUUUCCAUUAACAAGAUCAAAAUCUAUUUGUUGCAGAAAACUCUUGUGAGUUUAACAUGCACAUUCUCCAUACUCAUUUCUUUACCGUUCAUUUGGUAAUAAGGAGGAGAAUUUGAUUAGAAAUCACAAUGUUUUUUCCCGCUGCUGAGCAGUUUUCCUCUAUUUUCAGCCUUUUAUGAUUGAUACUGAUCACUAACAAAUAGGAUAUAUAGGGGAAAGUAAAUCGUCACGGAUCACUAUUAGGCGUAAAGGUACCUAAUCGAAAGAGCAAACUGUUUCUUGUGAUCACAACUGAAAACAAACGCAGCGACAGACAUUUCAAAUAUUUCAUUAUUGUACAAAACUUCCAGCAAAAAGGUAGAGGCGUUAGUGUUUUUUUUUUUAAUGCACGUAAAGAUCUUUCCCAAAGCCGAGAAGGCUACAAUUUCCAUUACGUUUGGCGAACUUUGGUUUGUUUUGGUUCUUGGACCUCUGGACCUCUGGACCUCUGGGCCAAAGGUUCAUGACAUCAUUAUUUUCAAGAGCCAAUGAGGGGCGAGAAUUUGAUUUGCACAUGAAUAACAUACUAAAAACCAUUGAAUUUUUAACCGAGCCGGGAUAGCGCAAUUGGCAUAGAACUGAAUAGGUAACUAAUUGGCAAACAAAGAGGUGACAAAGAGGUGACGGGUUCGAGUCCCGCCUGAUUAGCAUAAAAAAAAAAAAAAAAAAAAAGGCGCGGCUUGGAUCUGGGAGGGCUUGGGGCGAGGAAAGGGAGGAAAAAAGGCCUUGGGAAGGGUAUGGGAAGCGGGAGUUGGUACACCGGCCCGGGGGGGGGGGGGGUAGGUAGAUAGGUAGAUAGGUAGAUAGGUAGAUAGUUAGAUAGUUAGAUAGGUAGAUAGUUAGAUAGGUAGAUAGGUAGAGGGGUAGGUAGAGGGGGUAGAUAGAUAGGUAGAUAGGUAGAGGGGGGGAAGGAUGGGAGGGGGGGCAUGGAAGGGAAGGGAAGGGAAGGGAAGGGAGGGGAGGGGGGGAAAGGGGGGAAAGGAGGAAGGGGGGUCUAGCCUGCGAGCAAGGUCUCUUGCUGCCGGGAUUGGGGAGGGUUGGGUGGGGUGGGGCAGUGAGAGACCUUGCUCGCAGGCUAGACCCGGGGAGGGUUUUGCUGCUCAGAGCAAUCUUUUUUUCGUCUUGCGUUUUUGAGGUUCUUGACAAAAAUAAGUAUACUUAGAGAGGGUCGUGUUCACGUAAGAAAAGAACGGAAAAUGACGUGGGUGAAGAACGAGCAAAAUUGAUGAUUACACUUGUCAUUACUUGGGAUCAACUUUCCAACACUUUGAGUAUUCUCUUUUCUUUUUAAAAUGCAGUGGAUAAACAGACCAUGAAGUUUCAAACUGCACUUCGUCUGAAGUUGGAGAAUUUUAUUCAUUGGUUAUGGACCUUGGGACAUUUAGCAGACCGAUUAUAAGACUGGAUUGAAAAUAGCUUGAGCUAACCUUGCCUCCGAAAGAUACACGAUCUGAUGGAAUUUCUAAACGUCAAUGAACAAUUUUGUUUUUUUCAUCUUGUCAAGACUCUUGGGUCAAGUUCGAAACUGAUGGAGAUCUCCUGGAAACGUCGCCUUAGUAGUCCUGGGACUGUUUUGAUGUCUCAAGUUAGAGGAUUGUAAGUAAUAUGUUUCAUUGUCGUAUGUUUCAUUUACAGUGCUGCUUGCAGAUAUCCUAUUGCAGUUAGGCUACCGGAUCGACUAGGCUAGUUGCCCAGUUAGAGAAGAAGGCUUUUCUUGUUUUCGAAGGGUCACAUUCCUGGCUUCAAAUCUAUUAAAACCUUGGCGUUUUCCAUUAACAAGAUCAAAAUCUAUUUGUUGCAGAAAACUCUUGUGAGUUUAACAUGCACAUUCUCCAUACUCAUUUCUUUACCGUUCAUUUGGUAAUAAGGAGGAGAAUUUGAUUAGAAAUCACAAUGUUUUUUCCCGCUGCUGAGCAGUUUUCCUCUAUUUUCAGCCUUUUAUGAUUGAUACUGAUCACUAACAAAUAGGAUAUAUAGGGGGAAAGUAAAUCGUCACGGAUCACUAUUAGGCGUAAAGGUACCUAAUCGAAAGAGCAAACUGUUUCUUGUGAUCACAACUGAAAACAAACGCAGCGACAGACAUUUCAAAUAUUUCAUUAUUGUACAAAACUUCCAGCAAAAAGGUAGAGGCGUUAGUGUUUUUUUUUAAUGCACGUAAAGAUCUUUCCCAAAGCCGAGAAGGCUACAAUUUCCAUUACGUUUGGCGAACUUUGGUUUGUUUUGGUUCUUGGACCUCUGGACCUCUGGACCUCUGGGCCAAAGGUUCAUGACAUCAUUAUUUUCAAGAGCCAAUGAGGGGCGAGAAUUUGAUUUGCACAUGAAUAACAUACUAAAAAACCAUUGAAUUUUUAACCGAGCCGGGAUAGCGCAAUUGGCAUAGAACUGAAUAGGUAACUAAUUGGCAAACAAAGAGGUGACAAAGAGGUGACGGGUUCGAGUCCCGCCUGAUUAGCAUAAAAAAAGAAAAAAAAGAAAAAAGGCGCGGCUUGGAUCUGGGAGGGCUUGGGGCGAGGAAAGGGAGGAAAAAAGGCCUUGGGAAGGGUAUGGGAAGCGGGAGUUGGUACACCGGCCCGGGGGCGGGCCGGGGGGGUAGGUAGAUAGGUAGAUAGGUAGAUAGGUAGAUAGUUAGAUAGUUAGAUAGGUAGAUAGUUAGAUAGGUAGAUAGGUAGAGGGGUAGGUAGAGGGGGGUAGAUAGAUAGGUAGAUAGGUAGAGGGGGGAAGGAUGGGAGGGGGGGAAGGAAGGGAAGGGAAGGGAAGGGAGGGGAAAGGGGGGGGGAAAGGGGGGGAAGGGGGGGGUCUAGCCUGCGAGCAAGGUCUCUUGCUGCCGGGAUUGGGGGAGGUUGGGUGGGGUGGGGCAGUGAGAGACCUUGCUCGCAGGCUAGACCCGGGGAGGGUUUUGCUGCUCAGAGCAAUCUUUUUCGUCUUGCGUUUUUGAGGUUCUUGACAAAAAUAAGUAUACUUAGAGAGGGUCGUGUUCACGUAAGAAAAGAACGGAAAAUGACGUGGGUGAAGAACGAGCAAAAUUGAUGAUUACACUUGUCAUUACUUGGGAUCAACUUUCCAACACUUUGAGUAUUCUCUUUUCUUUUAAAAUGCAGUGGAUAAACAGACCAUGAAGUUUCAAACUGCACUUCGUCUGAAGUUGGAGAAUUUUAUUCAUUGGUUAUGGACCUUGGGACAUUUAGCAGACCGAUUAUAAGACUGGAUUGAAAAUAGCUUGAGCUAACCUUGCCUCCGAAAGAUACACGAUCUGAUGGAAUUUCUAAACGUCAAUGAACAAUUUUUGUUUUUUUCAUCUUGUCAAGACUCUUGGGUCAAGUUCGAAACUGAUGGAGAUCUCCUGGAAACGUCGCCUUAGUAGUCCUGGGACUGUUUUGAUGUCUCAAGUUAGAGGAUUGUAAGUAAUAUGUUUCAUUGUCGUAUGUUUCAUUUACAGUGCUGCUUGCAGAUAUCCUAUUGCAGUUAGGCUACCGGAUCGACUAGGCUAGUUGCCCAGUUAGAGAAGAAGGCUUUUCUUGUUUUCGAAGGGUCACAUUCCUGGCUUCAAAUCUAUUAAAACCUUGGCGUUUUCCAUUAACAAGAUCAAAAUCUAUUUGUUGCAGAAAACUCUUGUGAGUUUAACAUGCACAUUCUCCAUACUCAUUUUCUUUACCGUUCAUUUGGUAAUAAGGAGGAGAAUUUGAUUAGAAAUCACAAUGUUUUUUCCCGCUGCUGAGCAGUUUUCCUCUAUUUUCAGCCUUUUAUGAUUGAUACUGAUCACUAACAAAUAGGAUAUAUAGGGGGAAAGUAAAUCGUCACGGAUCACUAUUAGGCGUAAAGGUACCUAAUCGAAAGAGCAAACUGUUUCUUGUGAUCACAACUGAAAACAAACGCAGCGACAGACAUUUCAAAUAUUUCAUUAUUGUACAAAACUUCCAGCAAAAAGGUAGAGGCGUUAGUGUUUUUUUUUUUAAUGCACGUAAAGAUCUUUCCCAAAGCCGAGAAGGCUACAAUUUCCAUUACGUUUGGCGAACUUUGGUUUGUUUUGGUUCUGACCUCUGGACCUCUGGACCUCUGGGCCAAAGGUUCAUGACAUCAUUAUUUUCAAGAGCCAAUGAGGGGCGAGAAUUUGAUUUGCACAUGAAUAACAUACUAAAAACCAUUGAAUUUUUUAACCGAGCCGGGAUAGCGCAAUUGGCAUAGAACUGAAUAGGUAACUAAUUGGCAAACAAAGAGGUGACAAAGAGGUGACGGGUUCGAGUCCCGCCUGAUUAGCAUAAAAAAAAAAAAAAAGAAAAAGGCGCGGCUUGGAUCUGGGAGGGCUUGGGGCGAGGAAAGGGAGGAAAAAGGCCUUGGGAAGGGUAUGGGAAGCGGGAGUUACACCGGCCCGGGGGCGGGGGGGGGGGUAGGUAGAUAGGUAGAUAGGUAGAUAGGUAGAUAGUUAGAUAGUUAGAUAGGUAGAUAGUUAGAUAGGUAGAUAGGUAGAGGGGUAGGUAGAGGGGGGUAGAUAGAUAGGUAGAUAGGUAGAGGGGGGAAGGAUGGAGGGGCAGGGAAGGGAAGGAAGGAAGGGAAGGAGGGGAAAGGGGGGAAAGGGGGAAAGGGAGGAGGGGGUCUAGCCUGCGAGCAAGGUCUCUUGCUGCCGGGAUUGGGGAGGGGUUGGGUGGGGUGGGGCAGUGAGAGACCUUGCUCGCAGGCUAGACCCGGGAGGGUUUUGCUGCUCAGCACAAUCUUUUUUUUUUCGUCUUGCGUUUUUGAGGUUCUUGACAAAAAUAAGUAUACUUAGAGAGGGUCGUGUUCACGUAAGAAAAGAACGGAAAAUGACGUGGGUGAAGAACGAGCAAAAUUGAUGAUUACACUUGUCAUUACUUGGGAUCAACUUUCCAACACUUUGAGUAUUCUCUUUUCUUUUUAAAAUGCAGUGGAUAAACAGACCAUGAAGUUUCAAACUGCACUUCGUCUGAAGUUGGAGAAUUUUAUUCAUUGGUUAUGGACCUUGGGACAUUUAGCAGACCGAUUAUAAGACUGGAUUGAAAAUAGCUUGAGCUAACCUUGCCUCCGAAAGAUACACGAUCUGAUGGAAUUUCUAAACGUCAAUGAACAAUUUUUGUUUUUUCAUCUUGUCAAGACUCUUGGGUCAAGUUCGAAACUGAUGGAGAUCUCCUGGAAACGUCGCCUUAGUAGUCCUGGGACUGUUUUGAUGUCUCAAGUUAGAGGAUUGUAAGUAAUAUGUUUCAUUGUCGUAUGUUUCAUUUACAGUGCUGCUUGCAGAUAUCCUAUUGCAGUUAGGCUACCGGAUCGACUAGGCUAGUUGCCCAGUUAGAGAAGAAGGCUUUUCUUGUUUUCGAAGGGUCACAUUCCUGGCUUCAAAUCUAUUAAAACCUUGGCGUUUUCCAUUAACAAGAUCAAAAUCUAUUUGUUGCAGAAAACUCUUGUGAGUUUAACAUGCACAUUCUCCAUACUCAUUUCUUUACCGUUCAUUUGGUAAUAAGGAGGAGAAUUUGAUUAGAAAUCACAAUGUUUUUCCCCGCUGCUGAGCAGUUUUCCUCUAUUUUCAGCCUUUUAUGAUUGAUACUGAUCACUAACAAAUAGGAUAUAUAGGGGAAAGUAAAUCGUCACGGAUCACUAUUAGGCGUAAAGGUACCUAAUCGAAAGAGCAAACUGUUUCUUGUGAUCACAACUGAAAACAAACGCAGCGACAGACAUUUCAAAUAUUUCAUUAUUGUACAAAACUUCCAGCAAAAAGGUAGAGGCGUUAGUGUUUUUUUAAUGCACGUAAAGAUCUUUCCCAAAGCCGAGAAGGCUACAAUUUCCAUUACGUUUGGCGAACUUUGGUUUGUUUUGGUUCUUGACCUCUGGACCUCUGGACCUCUGGGCCAAAGGUUCAUGACAUCAUUAUUUUCAAGAGCCAAUGAGGGGCGAGAAUUUGAUUUGCACAUGAAUAACAUACUAAAAAAACCAUUGAAUUUUUAACCGAGCCGGGAUAGCGCAAUUGGCAUAGAACUGAAUAGGUAAGUAAUUGGCAAACAAAGAGGUGACAAAGAGGUGACGGGUUCGAGUCCCGCCUGAUUAGCAUAAAAAAAAAAAAAAAAAGAAAAAAGGCGCGGCUUGGAUCUGGGAGGGCUUGGGGCGAGGAAAGGGAGGAAAAAGGCCUUGGGAAGGGUAUGGGAAGUGGAGCAGGUACACCGGCCCAGGGGGGGGGUAGGGGGGUAGGUAGAUAGGUAGAUAGGUAGAUAGGUAGAUAGUUAGAUAGUUAGAUAGGUAGAUAGUUAGAUAGGUAGAUAGGUAGAGGGGUAGGUAGAGGGGGUAGAUAGAUAGGUAGAUAGGUAGAGGGGGGAAGGAUGGGAGGGGCAGGGAAGGGAAGGAAGGGAAGGGAAGGGAGGGGGAAAGGGGGGAAAGGGGGGAAAGGAGGGGGUCUAGCCUGCGAGCAAGGUCUCUUGCUGCCGGGAUUGGGGGAGGGUUGGGUGGGGUGGGGCAGUGAGAGACCUUGCUCGCAGGCUAGACCUGGGGAGGGUUUUGCUGCUCAGCACAAUCUUUUUUCGUCUUGCGUUUUUGAGGUUCUUGACAAAAAAUAAGUAUACUUAGAGAGGGUCGUGUUCACGUAAGAAAAGAACGGAAAAUGACGUGGGUGAAGAACGAGCAAAAUUGAUGAUUACACUUGUCAUUACUUGGGAUCAACUUUCCAACACUUUGAGUAUUCUCUUUUCUUUUUAAAAUGCAGUGGAUAAACAGACCAUGAAGUUUCAAACUGCACUUCGUCUGAAGUUGGAGAAUUUUAUUCAUUGGUUAUGGACCUUGGGACAUUUAGCAGACCGAUUAUAAGACUGGAUUGAAAAUAGCUUGAGCUAACCUUGCCUCCGAAAGAUACACGAUCUGAUGGAAUUUCUAAACGUCAAUGAACAAUUUUUGUUUUUUCAUCUUGUCAAGACUCUUGGGUCAAGUUCGAAACUGAUGGAGAUCUCCUGGAAACGUCGCCUUAGUAGUCCUGGGACUGUUUUGAUGUCUCAAGUUAGAGGAUUGUAAGUAAUAUGUUUCAUUGUCGUAUGUUUCAUUUACAGUGCUGCUUGCAGAUAUCCUAUUGCAGUUAGGCUACCGGAUCGACUAGGCUAGUUGCCCAGUUAGAGAAGAAGGCUUUUCUUGUUUUCGAAGGGUCACAUUCCUGGCUUCAAAUCUAUUAAAACCUUGGCGUUUUCCAUUAACAAGAUCAAAAUCUAUUUGUUGCAGAAAACUCUUGUGAGUUUAACAUGCACAUUCUCCAUACUCAUUUCUUUACCGUUCAUUUGGUAAUAAGGAGGAGAAUUUGAUUAGAAAUCACAAUGUUUUUUCCGCUGCUGAGCAGUUUUCCUCUAUUUUCAGCCUUUUAUGAUUGAUACUGAUCACUAACAAAUAGGAUAUAUAGGGGGAAAGUAAAUCGUCACGGAUCACUAUUAUUAGGCGUAAAGGUACCUAAUCGAAAGAGCAAACUGUUUCUUGUGAUCACAACUGAAAACAAACGCAGCGACAGACAUUUCAAAUAUUUCAUUAUUGUACAAAACUUCCAGCAAAAAGGUAGAGGCGUUAGUGUUUUUUUUUAAUGCACGUAAAGAUCUUUCCCAAAGCCGAGAAGGCUACAAUUUCCAUUACGUUUGGCGAACUUUGGUUUGUUUUGGUUCUUGACCUCUGGACCUCUGGACCUCUGGGCCAAAGGUUCAUGACAUCAUUAUUUUCAAGAGCCAAUGAGGGGCGAGAAUUUGAUUUGCACAUGAAUAACAUACUAAAAAACCAUUGAAUUUUUAACCGAGCGGGAUAGCGCAAUUGGCAUAGAACUGAAUAGGUAACUAAUUGGCAAACAAAGAGGUGACAAAGAGGUGACGGGUUCGAGUCCCGCCUGAUUAGCAUAAAAAAAAAAAAAAAAAAAAAAAGGCGCGGCUUGGAUCUGGGAGGGCUUGGGGCGAGGAAAGGGAGGAAAAAGGCCUUGGGAAGGGUAUGGGAAGUGGAGUUGGUACUACCGGCCGGGGGGCGGGGCAGGGGGGUAGGUAGAUAGGUAGAUAGGUAGAUAGGUAGAUAGGUAGAUAGGUAGAUAGGUAGAUAGGUAGAUAGGUAGAUAGGUAGAUAGGUAGAUAGGUAGAUAGGUAGAUAGGUAGAUAGGUAGAUAGGUAGAUAGGUAGAUAGGUAGAGGGGGGGGAUGGGAGGGGCAGGAAGGGAAGGGAAGGGAGGGGGAAAGGGGGAGGGGGGGAGGGAGGGAAGGGGGUCUAGCCUGCGAGCAAGGUUUCUUGCUGCCGGGAUUGGGGGAGGGUUGGGUGGGGUGGGGCAGUGAGAGACCUUGCUCGCAGGCUAGACCCGGGGAGGGUUUUGCUGCUCAGCACAAUCUUUUUUCGUCUUGCGUUUUUGAGGUUCUUGACAAAAAUAAGUAUACUUAGAGAGGGUCGUGUUCACGUAAGAAAAGAACGGAAAAUGACGUGGGUGAAGAACGAGCAAAAUUGAUGAUUACACUUGUCAUUACUUGGGAUCAACUUUCCAACACUUUGAGUAUUCUCUUUUCUUUUUAAAAUGCAGUGGAUAAACAGACCAUGAAGUUUCAAACUGCACUUCGUCUGAAGUUGGAGAAUUUUAUUCAUUGGUUAUGGACCUUGGGACAUUUAGCAGACCGAUUAUAAGACUGGAUUGAAAAUAGCUUGAGCUAACCUUGCCUCCGAAAGAUACACGAUCUGAUGGAAUUUCUAAACGUCAAUGAACAAUUUUUGUUUUGUUCAUCUUGUCAAGACUCUUGGGUCAAGUUCGAAACUGAUGGAGAUCUCCUGGAAACGUCGCCUUAGUAGUCCUGGGACUGUUUUGAUGUCUCAAGUUAGAGGAUUGUAAGUAAUAUGUUUCAUUGUCGUAUGUUUCAUUUACAGUGCUGCUUGCAGAUAUCCUAUUGCAGUUAGGCUACCGGAUCGACUAGGCUAGUUGCCCAGUUAGAGAAGAAGGCUUUUCUUGUUUUCGAAGGGUCACAUUCCUGGCUUCAAAUCUAUUAAAACCUUGGCGUUUUCCAUUAACAAGAUCAAAAUCUAUUUGUUGCAGAAAACUCUUGUGAGUUUAACAUGCACAUUCUCCAUACUCAUUUCUUUACCGUUCAUUUGGUAAUAAGGAGGAGAAUUUGAUUAGAAAUCACAAUGUUUUUUCCCGCUGCUGAGCAGUUUUCCUCUAUUUUCAGCCUUUUAUGAUUGAUACUGAUCACUAACAAAUAGGAUAUAUAGGGGGAAAGUAAAUCGUCACGGAUCACUAUUAGGCGUAAAGGUACCUAAUCGAAAGAGCAAACUGUUUCUUGUGAUCACAACUGAAAACAAACGCAGCGACAGACAUUUCAAAUAUUUCAUUAUUGUACAAAACUUCCAGCAAAAAGGUAGAGGCGUUAGUGUUUUUUUAAUGCACGUAAAGAUCUUUCCCAAAGCCGAGAAGGCUACAGUUUCCAUUACGUUUGGCGAACUUUGGUUUGUUUUGGUUCUUGGACCUCUGGACCUCUGGACCUCUGGGCCAAAGGUUCAUGACAUCAUUAUUUUCAAGAGCCAAUGAGGGGCGAGAAUUUGAUUUGCAUAUGAAUAACAUACUAAAAAACCAUUGAAUUUUUAACCGAGCCGGGAUGGCGCAAUUGGCAUAGAACUGAAUAGGUAACUAAUUGGGAAACAAAGAGGUGACAAAGAGGUGACGGGUUCGAGUCCCGCCUGAUUAGCAUAAAAAAAGAAAAAAAAGAAAAAAGGCGCGGCUUGGAUCUGGGAGGGCUUGGGGCGAGGAAAGGGAGGAAAAAAGGCCUUGGGAAGGGUAUGGGAAAGCGGGAGUUGGUACACCGGCCCGGGGGCGGGCCGGGGGGGUAGGUAGAUAGGUAGAUAGGUAGAUAGGUAGAUAGGUAGAUAGUUAGAUAGUUAGAUAGUUAGAUAGUUAGAUAGGUAGAUAGUUAGAUAGGUAGAUAGUUAGAUAGGUAGAUAGGUAGAGGGGUAGGUAGAGGGGGGUAGAUAGAUAGGUAGGUAGGUAGAGGGGGGAAGGAUGGGAGGGGCAGGAAGGAAGGGAAGGGAAGGGAGGGGGGAAGGGGGGGGGGGGGGAAGGGGGGUCUAG